GUCUUUCGGACACCGGCGGUGAGGUUGGCGCUUGCCGUUUUGUGUCUUUUAUAUUUAAAUAGUUUUUAAAAUAAUCACAUUAGUUACCGGAGUAAAAUAGUUCUAUAAAUUAUUUAAAGAUCAAAGCGGUAGUGUUUGUUCAAAAUAAUUUUGGAAAUUAGACAAAAAUGCCCGUUGUUGGAAAAUUUAUACCCUUAUUAAAUAAUUGCAAUUUUGGAAGAGCUGCACUUUCUCUAUCUGCUGUAAAAUCUAAUCGAACGUACUUUACUUAUACUCAAGAAUUAUCACAGCCUUUGGACCGCUCUCCAGAAUUUGUGACUGCUCAGCAGGCCUUCGAAAAAUGCUUGAAAUCGGACUCCACGGUUUACUCCCAGGGUGCGGCAGCAACCCCGGCUCCUCUACUCGAUGCCAUGACGCAAGUCGGCAAAGCUGGAGACAUGAAGAACAUUAAGGUUGUGCAUAUGCACACAGAGAAGGAGGCAGCAUACACCGCGCCGGAAUACAAGGAUAUAUUCAGGUCAUGCUCUCUGUUCAUGGCGGCUAACGUUCGCAAGGCAGUUGCCGAGGGUCGCUCCGACGCCAUACCUAUCUUCCUACAGGAUAUCCCAAAGCUGUUCCAUAGAAAAAUCAUCCAGCCUGACAUUGCCGUUAUCCAGGUAUCCCCUCCAGACCAGCAUGGUUACUGCAGUCUCGGUACCUCAGUAGACUGUGUUAGGGCUGCACUUGUCAACUCGAAAAUCAUCAUUGCUCAAAUCAACACGAACAUGCCCCGUACGUUCGGUGACGCCAUAAUUCACGUGUCCCAUAUAGACUACGCAGUCCAGGAUAACACACCUUUACCCGAACACGGUGGAAAACCGCCCAGCCCUGAAGAGGCUAAAAUCGGUCAACUUAUUGGGGAUAACUUAGUGGAAAAUGGCGCGACCUUACAAAUGGGUAUCGGCAACAUUCCUGAUGCGGUGCUAUCUGCUCUGAAGAAUCACAAGGAUCUCGGCAUACACUCGGAGAUGUUCAGCGUGGGAGUUAUCGACCUCGUGAGGCGCGGUUGCGUUACCAAUAACAAGAAAAAGUUCCAUAAGGGUCGUAUUGUGGGCAGUUUCUUGGUGGGCACCAAAGAGUUGUACGACUUCGUUGACAAUAACCCCUUCAUUGAGAUGCUGGAGAUAGAUUAUGUGAACAACACUCACAUAGUAUCGCUGCAGCCAUGCAUGACAGCCAUCAACUCUUGUAUCGAGGUGGAUCUCACCGGACAAAUCUGCGCUGACUCUAUCGGUACCCGUAUGUAUUCCGGCUUCGGUGGACAAGUGGACUUCAUUCGUGGGGCGGCAGAGUCGGUGGACGGUCGCGGCAAACCAAUUAUUGCGCUCGUCUCCAGUACCAAAAAAGGAGAGUCUAAGAUUGUUCCAACGCUUAAAGUCGGAGCCGGUGUGGUGACUACUCGCGCCCAUGUUCAAUAUGUAGUGACCGAACAAGGCAUCGCCAAUCUAUUCGGCAAGACCCUUCGGCAACGGGCCUACGAACUAAUCAAGAUCGCCCAUCCCGAUCAUCGCGAAGCCCUAGAGAAAGCGGCCUUUGAACGGCUUAAAUGUAUGCCCGCACCUUGAAUACCAAUAUUCCAACCACAAACAAAUGUAAACUUUGGGCUCAAUUCUGACUUCGCACAAUGAACGGCAUAUCUGGUUAUCAUAAACUGUCUAAUAACUUCAAUUGAUUUUAAUUCUUAAUUUGUUGAGAGUUAAAUUCAAAUUAGUUUUGGGAUAUAGACAUUUUAUGGUGAAUUGUUAUGCUGCUCGGUGUCUAAAAAGCUAUUAAGCUUAAAUGCGCUAGUUAAAAUAUACGGUUAUAUGUCGAUUGUGUGAGUUGAAUUUAGUUCACAGUUUGUGGGUGUAGGUUGAAUUAUAAGUGCAUGUAUUAAUACAAAUGAAUGAAUAUUAGAACUUUAGCGAUAGGUAUAUACAUAAACUUGCACGUCAGUUGCGCCUACUAGUGAUCAUAAACCCAAUAUACCAUUUGGAUAUUAUUUUCAUAUAGAUUUACAUGAACUUAUAUCAGAACUAUCAAAUUAAAUCCA